AUGGAGAAGUCAAAUACAAUACUUGACUUUUUCAAACGAAAAAAUGCACAAACUUCAAAUGCACAAACUUCAAAUGUCAACAUUGGUGAUACAUCAUCGCCAACUUCUGGUAUCUCAAUUUCUGAAAAUUCUUCUAAAAGACUUCGGAGAGUUGAUGGCAAUGAAUUUGAUAUUAGUUCACUAGAGUUUGAUCCUGGAUUGCGUCGUGUUGCUUUUAGAGGUCGGGAUGAAAGUGUGAGUUCUACAAAUCGUGGAAAUUUUCUUGAGAUAUUGGGUUUGACGAUUUCAUAUAAUAAACAGCUUGCUGAAGCGAUCGCUAAAGCUCCCAAAAAUGCCACUUACACGUCACCAACGGUAGAAAAACAAAUUUUACAUGUUUUUUCAACGAAAGUAAAGGAAAUAAUUCGUAAUGAAAUUGGUGAUGCAAAGUUUUGCGUAAUUGUUGAUGAAGCUCAUGAUGAGUCAUUGAAGGAGCAAAUGGCUAUAGUUUUAAGAUUUGUUGAUAAGAAUGGCUUUGUGCGAGAACGCUUUUUUGGACUUGUUUAUGUCUCUGAUAUUGCGGCAUUAACCUUAAAAAAAGGUAUAUAUUCUGUAUUGUCUAAACAUCAACUAGACAUUCAAAAUAUUCGAGGGCAGGGAUAUGAUGGCGCAAGUAAUAUGCGAGGGGGGUGGAAUAGGUUGCAAGCUUUGGUUUCAAAUGAUUGUCCAUAUGCCUACUACAUUCAUUGUUUCGCACAUUGUUUGCAAUUGGCAUUAGUGGUGGCAUCAAAUGAAGUUAUUUCUGUUAAUCAAUUUUUUACCAAAUUGAAUGUUGUUGUCAAUUUUGUUUGUGCCUCAUGCAAUCGGUAUGAAGAAUUGCGGGUUGCCCAAGCUGCUGAAAAUGCUUACAUGAUUGCAAUUGAUGAGAUUGAGAGUGGAAGGGGACUUAAUCAAAUUAGUACGCUACAACGACCUGGAGAUGCGCGUUGGAGUUCUCAUUUGAGAUCAGUUUCUAACUUGAUCAAAAUUUAUAGUCCAGCUUGUGAAGUUAUUGUUAAAAUCAUUGAUGUGGGAACUUCUUCUUCCCAACGAGCAGAAGCUGAUUCAGUUCAUCAGGAAGUGGAGUUGAUGAGGAGAAAAUUCAGAGAGUUGAAGGUGGAAUUCACAAGGAAGCGCUUCAAGAGCAUGGAGAAUCAAGCUUGUGCUGUUAUAUGCUAA